CUGUAAACUUUCCCCACCAACCUAGACCGAAACUGAAACCACCCAAAAGUAACAAACAUUAACAAUCACACGCUGCAACUAAAACCUUCCCAAUACAACAUGUUAAAAGAACGGUUAUACUCUUUAAGUUUUAAAUUUCUUCUUAAAUAAAUUUUUAUAUGUAUUUGCUCAUGAUAUAAACAGAAAAACAGAAAGCAGCCAAAUAUUAACAAUAAGUAAUAAUAACAACAACACUCACAAGUUUUUUGUUUGACAUCUCCGCGCAACAGGUGAGAGGCAUGAUGACGGGCGUUGGCAACGAUCGAGUGAAGGGCUCGUGGAGUCCUCAAGAAGAUGCGACGCUAUUAAAAUUGGUGAACGAACACGGCGCGCGGAAUUGGUCCCUCAUCAGCAGCGGCAUUCCCGGCCGCUCUGGCAAGUCCUGCCGGUUGCGAUGGUGCAACCAGCUGAGUCCAGAGGUGCAGCACCGUCCCUUCACGUCGGCGGAGGACGAGAUCAUCAUCAAGGCGCACGCUAUUCACGGAAACAAAUGGGCUACCAUCUCGCGCCUCCUUCCUGGCCGCACCGAUAACGCCAUCAAGAAUCACUGGAACUCCACCCUCCGGCGCCGUGGCACGGUGGAGCAGUCGUCGUCGGCAUCACCAAACACUAAACGCGCCUCUCCGUUCGGGUGGGACUACCCUGUCAAGAAACAGCGUGCGGAGGAAGAGAGAGAGGAGGAGCGAAUUGCGAUUCCGUUGAGUCUUUUUCCGUUUGAUGAGAAAUCAGAGGGAGAAGUGGAAGAGGAAGAGGAAAGAGUGAGAGAGGAGGUUAGAGUGAAUAAUAAUAAUAAUAAUAAUAAUAAUACCCGGGCUUCGGAUCACGAUUGUUUUAUGCAGAUGAUGCAGCGCAUGAUUGCUGAUGAGGUUAGGAAUUAUGUUAAUAGUUUGUGCAAUCGAAAUCUUUACCUUCAUCCGCAUUAGAUCUAAAACAUUCUUAUAUUUAGCAUCUAAUCUUAAGUAUUUUCGAAUUAAUUAGAUCUGAUAGGAG